AUGAGCAAAAACGAAUUCGAACAAAUCUCUUUGGAGUUCAACAGAUUACAAACAGAAUUACAAGAUUUAUUAUCUUCAAGACAAAAAUUAGAAACUCAAUUUCAAGAAAAUUCAAUAGUAUUGAAUGAAUUUAAAAAUUUAGAAGAUGAUGCCAAAAUUUAUAAAUUAACAGGUCCUGUUUUAUUACCACAAGAUAAAAAUGAGGCUAAUAUCAAUGUUGAAAAGAGAAUAGAGUUUAUAAAGAAUGAAAUUGAACGUGUUGAAAAAAAUGUUCAAUCAACUCAAUCAAAAUUAGAAUCUUCAAGGGCAAAACUACUUGAAAUACGUUCAAAAUUACAACCAGCUAGUGCGUGA